CACAGAGCCAGCUGGUGAGAAGCAGGCAGAGACAUCUCCAGUCAGUCAGAUUCACGGAUUGGAGGCUUCCCGGGACCAAGAGGGGACAUGCUGGGCCCACACACACUGCUACUCGUCCUAGCUGGACUGCUCUUCCUGGGAUCUGCCCUGUCCGAGGAAUGCACCAAGUACAAAGUCAGCAACUGCCGGGACUGUAUCCAGUCGGGGCCUGGCUGCUCGUGGUGCCAGAAGCUGAACUUCACCGGACCAGGAGAGCCUGACUCCUUGCGCUGUGACACACGGACACAGCUGCUCCUCAAGGGUUGCCCAGCCGAUGAUAUAAUGGACCCCACGAGCUUUGCUGAUCUCAACUUCCAACAUCAGGGGCAACGGAGUCAGCUGUCUCCACAAAAAGUGACCCUUAACUUGCGACCAGGGCAGGCUGCUACAUUCAAUGUGACUUUCCGGCGGGCCAAGGGCUACCCCAUUGAUCUGUACUACCUCAUGGACCUCUCCUACUCUAUGCUCGACGACCUGAACAAUGUCAAGAAGUUGGGUGGUGAUUUGCUGCAGGCCCUCAACGAGAUCACAGAGUCUGGCCGCAUCGGCUUCGGGUCCUUCGUGGACAAGACGGUGCUGCCUUUUGUCAACACCCAUCCCGAGAAGCUGAGGAACCCGUGCCCCAACAAGGAGAAAGCCUGCCAGCCUCCGUUUGCCUUUCGCCACGUGCUCAAGCUAACAGACAACUCCAACCAGUUUCAGACAGAGGUCGGCAAGCAACUGAUUUCCGGAAACCUGGACGCCCCUGAGGGUGGGCUGGAUGCCAUAAUGCAAGUGGCUGCCUGUCCGGAGGAAAUUGGCUGGCGCAAUGUCACGAGGCUGCUGGUGUUUGCCACGGACGACGGCUUCCACUUUGCCGGUGACGGGAAACUGGGUGCCAUCCUGACCCCCAACGAUGGCCGCUGCCACUUGGAGGAUAACAUGUACAAGAGGAGCAAUGAGUUCGACUACCCGUCAGUGGGCCAGCUGGCCCACAAACUUUCCGAGAGCAACAUCCAGCCCAUCUUUGCAGUGACAAAGAAGAUGGUGAAAACCUAUGAGAAACUCACAGAGAUUAUCCCCAAGUCAGCGGUGGGCGAGCUGUCUGACGACUCCAGUAACGUAGUCCAGCUUAUCAAGAAUGCCUACUACAAACUCUCCUCUAGAGUCUUCCUGGACCACACCACCAUCCCGGACACCCUGAAAGUCACCUAUGACUCCUUCUGUAGUAACGGAGUAUCGAGUAUAGGCAAAUCCCGAGGGGACUGUGACGGUGUGCAGAUCAACAACCCGGUCACCUUCCAGGUAAAGGUCACGGCUUCGGAGUGUAUCCAGGAGCAGUCCUUUGUCAUCCGGGCACUGGGCUUCACCGACACAGUGACGGUACAGGUCCAUCCCCAGUGCGAGUGCCAGUGCCGGGACCAGAGUCGGAUGAGGAAUCUCUGUGGAGGCAAGGGAGUCAUGGAGUGUGGCAUCUGCAGGUGUGAGUCUGGCUACAUUGGGAAAAACUGUGAGUGUCAGACGCAGGGCCGGAGCAGCCAGGAGCUGGAGGGGAACUGCCGGAAGGACAAUAGUUCCAUUGUGUGCUCGGGGCUGGGGGACUGCAUCUGCGGGCAGUGCGUGUGCCACACGAGUGACAUCCCCAACAAAGUGAUCUUUGGGCAAUACUGCGAGUGUGACAACUUCAACUGUGAGAGAUAUGAUGGCCAAGUCUGCGGUGGCCCAAAGAGAGGCUCCUGCUCCUGUGGCCAGUGUAAUUGCAAGGAGGGUUUCGAGGGCUCUGCUUGCCAGUGUCAGAGGUCCACCACGGGCUGUCUGAACGCACGGCUGGUGGAGUGCAGUGGCCGUGGCCGGUGCCAAUGCAACAGAUGCAUCUGUGAGAAAGGUUACCAGCCACCUCUGUGUGAAGAGUGUCCCGGCUGCCCCUUGCCCUGCAGCACCUACGUCUUCUGUGCCGAGUGCCUGAAAUUUGAUAAGGGCCCCUUUCAGAAGAAUUGUAGUGUUCAGUGUGCCAAUGUGACGCUGCAGACUGCCCCUUUCAAGAAAAAGCCCUGCAAGGAGAGGGACUCAGAGGGCUGCUGGAUAACCUACACUUUGCAGCAGAAGGACGGAAACGCUUACAACAUCCAUGUGGACGACGAUCGAGAGUGUGUGAAAGGCCCCAACGUGGCUGCCAUCAUAGGGGGCACUGUGGCCGGCGUUGUACUGAUUGGUGUCCUCCUCCUGGUCAUCUGGAAGGCCCUUACCCACCUGACUGACCUCAAUGAAUACAGACGCUUUGAGAAGGAGAAACUCAAGUCCCAGUGGAACAACGACAACCCCCUCUUCAAGAGCGCCACGACAACGGUCAUGAACCCUAAGUUUGCUGAGAGCUAGAGCAGGAGUCAGAGGAGACCCCUCCAGACCAUGCCUCCUCCCCUCUGCAAAUACAAUGUAGCUUACAGCUCGCCCCAGUGCUGCCAAGGAUCCAAAAGCCUACUUUGUUUCUUUCCGCCAUUAUAUCAAGGCUGCCAGGGUUUCUACGGACUCAUCUUCCCACCUACACAAUCUUGCCACAGAGCCUGCAGAUUGUUCUGGAGUCCCAAGAGGUUCCACACACAUUUUCUUGCGUAAAGGGAAGACAGGGGUCUCAGUAAAGGUGGCCCCAGCUUAUUUAUAUUUAAACUUGUUAGCGUAUAAAACUAUUAUAUUGUUAACAUCCUGUCCAUUGUAUUAUAUGUGAUGUAAAACUAUAUCCCACAUAUGUCAUAAUCAUGUAUGUAAAAAUAAUAAAGCUUCCAUUCAGGGCUGCAGAGAUGGCUCAGUGGUUAAGAGCACUGACUGCUCUUCCAGAGGUCCUGAGUUCAAUUCCCAGCAACCACAUGGUGGCUCACAACCAUCUGUAAUGAGAUCUGAUGCCCUCUUCUGGUGCGUCUGAAGACAGCUACAGUGUACUCACAUACAUAAAAUAAAUAAAGCCUUUUAAUAAAAAAAAA